GAUCUAAAAUCAUAUGUUCCUAAGAUUAACGAGUAGACUUCAAAUAAAUCUUUUUUUUUGAAGAUACAAAAUUGUAUAUAAAAACUGCGCCGCGUAAUGUAUCACAUUACUUUACAAUAAAAAUAAAUAAAAUUGUAAUUUUCUUUCAUCACUAGCGUAUUUCCCCGCCCACUUGAAACCAACCAAUCAGACCGCCCGAGAGGCGGGGCUAGUCCGAACCGAGGAUAUAAACUUGAAACCGUUUUUACAGGCGUUAAUCUCGAAGACGUUUCAGUGCUACCAUGUCUUGCCUUCACUGGCAUCCCUACAAUUUCCUUGUUAUGUGACCGCGUAGUUUGUAACCAUGCCUGAGGACAGUAAGGAAGUGAGUGAGGUGGGUGCAGUGAAGAAGGCGCUGCGAACUCCGAAGUGCGCUCGGUGCCGCAAUCACGGGGUGAUCUCGUGUCUGAAGGGGCACAAGCGGCUGUGUCGGUGGCGCGACUGCCGCUGCCCCGGCUGUCUGCUGGUGCUGGAGCGACAGAGGGUCAUGGCUGCUCAGGUGGCGCUUCGCCGCCAGCAGGGCGCGGGGUCGCGCGGCGGCGAGGCGGCGCUGGCGGCUCGCAAGCGGGCCUACCGCGCGCGCCUGCGAUGUGUACAGAUGUCUCGCGCUUUCCCGGCUGCACCGAGUUAUGCGAACCUCCAGCUGCUCUCGCCCGACCCAUGGAGCGAGCGCGUGCGUCGCCGGCGCGCCUUCGCCGACGCCUCCCUCGACCGGCCCCCGCUCCCCGCGCCCCCCGCAGCCCUCUGCCGCCAUCUGCUGGCAGCUCUGCUCACUAAGUACGCGCCCCCGCCCCCGCAGAGACCUAAGCCACUGUCGUUCAGUAUUGAAGCUAUUAUGGGGGUUCGGUAAAGGUUUGUUUUUGGAAAGUCAGAUUUGGUUGGUUUAGGGUUACCUAUUGAAGUCCAAAUAACUUGAAAAACACCUAAGUAAAAUAUAAAACUAGGCCAUAAUUUAUGACAAACUGUUAAAUAAUUUCUCUUAGUAUGUAUAUCAUAUAUAACAUGGAAUAAGUACUUAUUACUUGUAUAUCAAUAAUGAAGCUAAACUUUGACUAACUGUAUCGAAUUUUGAAAUUGUUAGUAAACCGAAGAUAGUGCCAAUAACCCUGAAUAGCUAUUAGGUACUUACAACUACACCUAGUUGAUUAGUUGAUUACCGAAAGCCAAUAGGACAUAUUCACUAAUAUAGCUAUUAACGAUGUCUGCCGUAUUGAUAAAGUAUGUGGUGUGGACUCAAAGGUGUCCUAAAAUAAAAGAGGAUGUAUUCGAACAAUGAGUGCUUUAUUAACGAAAUGUAUGGUAAAUCCGUCAGAAGUGAGUCUAACAAAACUGAAUGGUAAUCGGUAGCAAUAUUUUAUAUCUAAUUUCAUGUGGGUAAAACAACAGAUUUUGUUUCGUUCAUACAAAGUGAGCACAAAUUACCAAUUUGUUUAUGUAUUUUUAUGAGUUUAUUAUCAAAAUGGUAUUAAUUAGAAAAACAGUAAAUAAAAGAUUGUACAAAUUUGUACUCACUUUGUAAAACUUGAUAUGAAAACGUAGAUCCAGAGACAAAACCGUACAUCACUGUAAAUUUAGUACCAAGUUUUUUUAUGAUUACAUUACUUAGUUGGUUGCGGUUUUGACGCUCGGUCUACAAUAAUGGUGUAGUUACUUAAUUAGUUUCUAAUACAAUCAUCACAAACAAUCGAAUCCUACAAAAACAUCUAUAUUUUUUAUAUUUGACUGAACACAAACAAAUUAGGAUUGAAACAGUUUUAUGGUUAUCUUUUUAAAAGAUUCUAAGUAAAAGUUGAUGAAUGAUUUCAUGAGAUAGAUUAUUAUCAUAGAUACUUUACGUUGAAAAAUAAUUUUAAAUAAAUUAUAAUAGUAGGUACUUACAUAGCGUAUGGUAGGUAUAAGUAAAAUUAAUCACUUCGUCGAAAAACUAUAUUAAAAUUUGUCUUUGUA